UUUCCCCGUGUCACAUUUUGCAUCCACUUUUCUUUUCUCUGUCUGUGCAGCUUCGAAUCUAGGGUUAGGGUUUUAGGCAAGAGAAAAGAAAAUGAGUUCAGGUGCUGGAGCAGGCAAAGGCGGCGCCGGAAGAGGCAAACCGAAGGCAUCGAAAUCGGUUUCCCGAUCUUCAAAAGCUGGUCUUCAGUUUCCCGUCGGAAGGAUCGCCCGUUUCCUUAAGGCAGGAAAGUACGCGGAACGUGUCGGUGCUGGUGCUCCUGUGUAUCUCUCUGCUGUCCUUGAGUAUCUCGCUGCUGAGGUGUUGGAGUUGGCUGGGAAUGCUGCAAGGGACAACAAGAAGAAUCGAAUUGUGCCUAGGCACAUUCAGUUGGCUGUGAGGAAUGAUGAGGAGCUGAGCAAGCUGUUGGGUCAUGUUACCAUUGCUAAUGGAGGUGUUCUGCCCAACAUUCAUCAGAAUCUGUUGCCUAAGAAGGCUGGCUCAGGAAAGGGUGACAUUGGAUCUGCAUCUCAGGAGUUUUAGAUGUAAAUGGGGGUUUGUGUUUUGGGGAAGGAUUAGGACAAAAGUUAUGUAAUAUAAAAAUACCCUUUUGUAUUCUGUUAUUCAAUGGUAUGAAAUGAAAAAAGUUCUAUGGCCACCUGCA